UCUCUCUCUCUCUCUCUCUCUCUCUAGAUAUUUCUCUCUCUAGAUCUUCUCUCCGGGUGUUGAGCUCUGUCGGGCUGAGUAUUCAGUUCAGUGAGAGUAACGUACAUCAAUAUUGGUAGAAACAGGGUCAUAGAACUUCGUGAGUGUUGGGGGUUGGGUUUAUUGUCAGGGGAACAUAACACCUCAAUUAUUUGAAAAAUCUCCUUCUUCGCAAAAAAAAAAACCCUCUCUCUCUCACUCUCUCUAAAAUUGGAGCAUUUUGCUCUCUCUCUAACUGACAGAAGGAGUGUUUUUUUGAUUGGGAGUAGAUGGGGGAGAACGGGGUGAGGAAGCAGUAUUUGCAGGUGGAGAGCCAGACCAGAGUGUAUGGGGACAUGGCCAUCGAUAUGCAGCAUCAGGGGUCGAAGUGCUACGACGACGAUGGGCGUCUCAAGAGGACCGGCACGGUCUGGACCGCGAGCGCCCACAUAAUCACCGCCGUGAUCGGCUCCGGCGUUCUCUCUCUAGCCUUUGCCAUUGGGCAGCUCGGCUGGGUCGCCGGCCCGACCGUGAUGGUCCUCUUCUCCUUUGUGACCUACUACACCUCCACCUUGCUCUCCGACUGUUACAGGUCCGGAGACCCGCUCACAGGAAAACGAAACUACACUUACGUGGAUGCUGUCAGAGCCAACAUGAGUGAGUUUAAUGUCCGAUUGUGUGGAUGGCUUCAGUACGCCGGACUCGUUGGAGUGGCAAUUGGCUACACCAUUGCUUCGUCUAUAAGUAUGAUGGCGAUAAAGAGGUCGAACUGUUUCCAUGAAACUCGAGGCAAGAAUCCAUGCCACGUAUCGAGCAACCCUUACAUGAUAAUGUUUGGCAUCACCGAAAUCGUGCUCUCUCAGAUCCCGGACUUCGAUCAGAUCUGGUGGCUCUCCUUUCUCGCUGCCGUCAUGUCCUUCACCUACUCCUCCAUCGGCCUCGGCAUGGGCAUAGGCAAAGUUGCAGUGAACGGGACAAUCAAAGGGAGCAUGACAGGGAUCAGCAUCGGCGCUAUGACCCACGCAGGCCCGAUCACGGCGAUGCAGAAAGUGUGGCGCACCUUCCAAGCCAUGGGCGACAUAGCCUUCGCUUACUCUUACUCCAUAGUCCUUAUAGAGAUUCAAGACAGCCUGAAAUCUCCGCCGUCUGAGGCCAAGACCAUGAGAAAGGCCACCAUGAUCAGCGUCACCGUGACCACCAUAUUCUACAUGCUCUGUGGGUGCAUGGGAUACGCAGCCUUCGGUGACCAGGCCCCCGGCAAUUUGCUCACCGGCUUCGGCUUCUACAACCCAUACUGGCUCCUCGACAUCGCGAACGCCGCCAUCGUGGUCCACUUGGUGGGUGCUUACCAGGUCUAUUGCCAGCCCCUGUUCGCCUUCGUCGAGAAAUACGCCGUGCGGAAGUGGCCGAAGAGUUGGUUCAUUAACCACGAGUUCGAGCUCAGGGUCCCAUUCUACAGCAAAUCCUUCAGCCUGAAUCUCUUUAGGUUGGUGUGGAGGACGUCCUUUGUGUGCAUGACCACUCUCAUUGCCAUGCUCUUCCCUUUCUUUAAUGGCGUGGUGGGGAUCCUUGGGGCUUUUGGGUUUUGGCCAUUGACUGUGUAUUUCCCUGUGGAGAUGUAUAUUUCACAUAUGCACAUACCCAAGUGGUCCACUAAGUGGGUUUGCCUUCGGGCCCUGAGCUUGGCUUGUCUCGUUAUCUCCAUGCUUGCAGCUACUGGAUCAGUUGCAGGCAUGAUUUUUGAGAUGAAGGCAGCUUACAGACCCUUCCAUACAAACUACUGAGAUCACAUCUCUUUCCCUCUCUACAUCUUUCUCUUUCUCUCUCUAAACCCCACCUCUUUCUCCUGUCCCCAUCUCUCUCUUUUCCCUUUUCUCUCUCUUUUUCAAUUGAAUAACAUGUAAUAUUGUAAUUGUUAUUAUGUGGGCUUUGGAAGGGAUUUUGUUUGUUGUAAAUGAAUGGAAAAACCAGUGGUGCUGGUGGGCUUACAUGAAAAUCCAAAAUCUCAAUAUGCCAAAAUGAAAGGCAAAGGCCCUGUUUGGAAGCAUGUACAACUUUUUAGGAUUUUCACAUUCCCAGUGAAAUGGAAAAGGGGGUUAAAAAGUAAGGGAA